UUGUCGUCAUGAUCCAUCAUCCCAAUCUUGGCCUUUUUCUUCAUUCAAACUUCUAACCUCCUCCAUUAUUAUUCUCUUUCUUUCUGUCUCUUCUGCAAAAACUAAAAGAAAAACCCCAACCGAUCAACCCCAUCAUCCUCUUUUUUUAUUAUCUUCCCUCCCAUUCCUGCAAAACCAAAGAAAAUAGCUCGUACUUUUCCCUUCUUUCUGAAUUCUCCAAAGCUUCCUACUUCUAAUCUUCUCUUUCUCCAACUUGCAAUUAUCUUUCUCUCUCUAUCUCUAUGGGGCAACACGCAACAAAGCAAAUUCAGCGUCGAAAGACCCUUUCAACAGAGAAAAAUCAGCUCCAGGAGCUCAACGACAGUGUUGGCACCACGUUUCCGGGCUCGGAUCACCGUGCAUCGAACCGAAAGGAAUGGAUGUCGACCCUCGAUCUCAACAAGCUGCAAAUCAAGACCAUCGUUUGGCCGGGCACUCAUGACUCGGCCACGAACAAGAUCGGUAUCCCAUUGGUGUCCCGCCCCUUCGCCCAAUGCCAAUCCUGCUCAAUUUAUAGGCAACUCUGUCGUGGUGUCCGACUCCUUGACAUUCGUGUUAAUAAGGAUCGUCGUGUCUGCCAUGGAAUUCUCACUACCUAUUCGAUCGACCUCGUCAUCUCCGACGUCAAGAAAUUCUUAUCGGAGACCCAGUCUGAGCUUGUAAUUUUGGAGAUUCGGACCGAAUUUGGCUAUGAAGACCCCCCUGAAUUCGACAAAUACUUGAUCGAGCAAUUGGGCGAAUAUUGCAUCCAUCAAGAUGACUCGGUUUUCGACCGGACAGUCACCGAGGUGUUACCAAAGCGUUUGAUUUGCAUUUGGAAGCCAAGAAAAGCGCCACCACCGCCACGAGGCGGCCCUCUAUGGAGUGCAGGCUACCUUAAAGACAACUGGAUCGAUACCGAUUUGCCCUUGACUAAAUUCGAGAGCAAUCUGAAGCAUUUAGCCGAGCAACCACCUGUGAAUUCGAGAAAGUAUUUCUACAGGGUUGAGAAUACAGUGACUCCUCAAGCCGACAACCCGGUGCUCUGUGUCAGGCCCGUUACGGAUCGGAUAAGGGGGUACGCGAGGCUCUUCAUAGCACAGGCUUUCGCUAGAGGAUGUGCUGAUAAGUUGCAGGUUUUUUCAUCAGAUUAUAUUGAUGAGGAUUUUGUGGAUACUUGUGUUGGUCUCACUCAUGCAAGGCUGGAGGGAAAGGCCUGAAUUCUGGUUGAUAAAAAAAGGAAAAAAAAAUAGAAACUGUUUUUUUAUUUAUUUAUUUUGGUUGGGGAUGUGUAUUUGUUGGGGGUGUUGGUGUUUAUGUGCAAGUUCUUUUCUCCCCUAUGUAUUCAAGUAUUCUCUCUGUUGGACAUUGUGAGAAAGCUGAAAAUUAUGUUUAAAUUUGUUUUA